AUCACAUAAACUAGCUAAUAGAAGAAAUAGACACUAUACGUCUUACUUCAAUAAAUGACAUCACUAUAGUUAAAUUAGAACUAUCAUACUUUAUUUCAGAAAUGAUAAAAGUACAAAUGAGUAUUGGAACCACAUAGAACAAAUGAGUAUUGGAACCGCAGAGAUAUUAGAAGAAGUUGUUUCCAAAAUCGAAUUAAUUACUGAUAUAAUUACUAGUCUAGAUAAAAUAAAACAAAAACUAAUAAAUAAUUAAAAUUCAGUUUUUAAUAGUAACAUAAUAAUAAUAAUAAUAAUGUCAAAUCUAAAUUUUGAAAAGAAAUUAAUAAAAAUAAAAUAUCUUAUUAGAAAAUAACUGGUUGUCUUGAUUAAUAUAAACAAAAAAUAUAGUAUUAAUCAAUCUCCUUUUAUAACAAACAAAUAAAAAAGUUAAAAAAAGAAGUCACGUGAAUUUUUUGGUAUCAAAGCCAAGUAGCCAACCAACACAAACAAGCUAACCAACUCAGGUGUAAAGAUAAAAAAAAUUAAGAAUUAAAAUAAUUAUAAAGUAGGAAAUUAAAAAUUACCAAAGAGUCCAACCCAAUCGGAUUCAACCGGUUCACUUUGACACCUCUAAUUAUCAUUCAAUCAACCUUGAAAUUACUUAUGAUGUCACAGUUAAUUGGGUUCGUAUAAUUUAAGGUAUUCCCAGAUUGGACGAGUAAUGAAUAAGAUGGAUAAAGAAUACGUUUGUCGACUUACCUUGUUAAAUGACUAACGACUGUAGAUGGUGGGUUGAUGAUCUUGGAUUUAGGUCUAUUCUACGACGAGAAAUUCGACUCGAACUUAUGAAUCAACACUACUUGUUAGGAGUGAUGGUCCGAUUUCGAGUUUUUCGAUUUUAACCAAAAUCGGGAAAAUCCCUCGUGAUUCGGGAAUGAAGAUGCAGAUGAUGUCUCCAGGCCCACCAAUAUGCAGGCCGAAGAAUAUCCAUGUCUGCACCACGAGUCCGCUCAUAAUUUAGGCCCAUAAGAGUUCGAUCAGAUUCCAGCCCAACAAUUCCUCGCCCACACCCUCCACGUGGGUUUCGUCCCCAGAAUUAUCAGUCGGAAAAGCGAACUCUAGAACCAGCCCGAAAAGAUACGGCCGGGAAGAAGAUAUGCCACCGUCACCAUACCGUUUGCCGUCCCGUUUGCUCACCGCCUCCUCUUCUUCCUUCUUCCGCCAUUCGACGCCUACAUCCGUUCCUCGCUCCACCGCCACCGCCGCCGUCAUGUCCUUCUCUUCUUCUCCCCACUCGACUCCGCCGCCGCCGGCGACGGUAAUACCGGAGGCGGACCCGGGAAAGCUCAGCCAAGUCCUGACUUACCACAACCAGACGAAGCACGCGAUGCAUAAGUACGCCAGAGGGCCUCACGGCCUCGACUGGGCUAACCAACCCAACCCAUUUCGCCGGUACCCUUCCGCCCCGCUUCUUCCUCUCGGCGGCGAGGAUUCUUCUUCUUCUCCUCUGUAUCAGUCCAUCUUCGAAUCACUCCCUUCCCCGCCCCGAUCCCUCUCCAAAUCCUCCAUCUCCCAGCUCUUCUACCAUUCCCUCGCCCUCUCCGCCUGGAAAACCAUCGGGUCAUCGACCUGGUCCCUCCGGGUCAACCCGAGCAGCGGCAAUUUGCACCCGACGGAGGCCUACCUCAUCGCCCCGCCGAUCGAAACCCUAUCAGAUUCUGCUUUCGUUGCGCACUAUGCUCCUAAAGAACAUUCUCUGGAGGUCAGAGCUUCCAUCCCGUCCGAUUUCUUCCCAAGGAAUUUGCUCCCCGAGGGUUCGUUUAUGGUCGGGAUCUCUUCGAUUUUCUGGCGAGAGGCUUGGAAGUACGGGGAGCGGGCGUUCCGCUACUGCAACCACGACGUUGGUCAUGCGAUCGCCGCGAUCUCAAUUGCCGCCGCUGAGCUCGGGUGGGACGUGAAAUUGCUGGAUGAAUUAGGGUUUGAGGAGCUGGAGAGGCUCAUGGGGCUUCACCCUUAUCAGGACUUCCCAAUUCCUGAUAAACCGAUGAAAGGCAGGAUUCCGGAUAUCGAGUUCGAGCAUCCGGAUUGCGUGCUUCUCGUCUUUCCCGGUGAGCUCUGUGACUCGAAUGUGAACUAUCAAGAACUGUGCGCUGCAGCUAUGAGAUUUGACAGCUUGGAUUGGAAGGGAACCCCGAAUUCGCUGAGUAAGGAGCAUGUGUGUUGGGAUGUCAUUUACAGAACGGCAGAGGCUGUUAAGAAGCAGUCAUCACUUGAAGAAGCUGGAUUCUCCAAUAUUGAACCAUUUCAAGGGAGUGGAGUUUUCAGUGCAAGUUCCUACAAGGGGUUUACAGUGAAGGAAAUUGUUAGGAAGAGGAGGAGCGCAGUUGACAUGGAUGGGGUUACUGAGAUAGAUAAGAACACUUUUUACCAGAUCAUGUUGCACUGUCUUCCUUCUGGCUCAGGAAGCGGAGGGAAGCAGCAGCGACGACAGAAGAAGCAAUCGGCAUUGCCAUUUCGUGCUCUCUCGUCGUGGGAUGCCGAGGUGCACGCAGCCUUGUUCGUUCAUCGGGUGGAUGGGUUGCCUAAGGGACUGUAUUUCCUGGUGAGGAAUGAGGAUCAUUUGGACGAGCUGAAGAAAGCCACUAGACCCGACUUCAAGUGGGAGAAACCAGAGGGAUGUCCUGAUGAUUUGCCCUUGUACGAACUUGGUAGAGGAGAUUGCCAGCAGAUUUCCAAAGCACUUUCAUGCCACCAGGAUAUUGCCAGUGAUGGCUGCUUUAGCCUUGGAAUGGUGGCGCGUUUCGAGCCUGCAUUGCGAGGCAAGGGUGCAUGGAUGUACCCUCGAUUGUUCUGGGAAACUGGAGUGUUAGGACAGGUCCUGUACCUGGAAGCACAUGCAGUUGGCGUCUCUGCUACUGGAAUUGGCUGCUUCUUCGAUGAUCCUGUCCAUGAGCUACUCGGAUUAAGAGGGUCGAGAUUCCAGAGUCUGUAUCAUUUCACUGUUGGAGGUCCUGUUUUGGACAAGCGAAUUAUGAGUCUUCCAGCUUAUCCUGGACCUGAUAUGGAUUCAUGACAAAUGAAAUCAUUCAUUCGAUCACAGUUUAUCGGCAUUAAUUUGGAAGUAUGUUAUUAUUUUUCUACCCAAAAAAAAAAAAAAGUAUUGUAUUAGGUUAUGCAGAAGACUUCUUAGUUUGAGUGUAGAAUGAAUCUGUAUACCCCUGGUCUUCAGAGUUAAACCCCUGUAAUGAUAGAAUAUAUAUGCCUAUGUUAGCCAUUUCAGUAGUCCUAUAGACACAUAAAGAAAGCUUAAAAGAAUGCACAGGAAAAGCUACUUCUCCUUCUGGUCCAAUUAAAAGGAGAACCUGUUCUCUUCUGUCCUAAGCAUAUAUUUACAUGUCUUCCAACUUUGAGCUCUAUCAAUGAAGGUGCAACAGUUUCUGAAAAGCUGCACCAAAAUCAAAUUCACAAUCAUUCAUGGCUCAUCUUAGAGAAGCUUUCUCCUGAUUCAGAAUGGAUAGCUGCCGGAUCGAACAACACAGUUGUCUUGACCAAGGUCUUACGACGUCUAGGGCCAAAUUCGAUCCAAUUUUCAGAAGACUAUCUCCAAGAGUCUUGGCUCGAUACAAGAUGAGAUUCCCAAAAGAUCUGUUCAGUGAGGAGGUUAUAUCCUCCCUCCUUUGGGAUCAUCCCACCACAAUUUCAAAUUCAAGUGAUGCCCGAGGAAACCAAAAUCUUGUGCUAACCCUUUGAAUAGUAUCACAAAAAGAAGAGGAAUAUAUCGGAUGGAACUGG